AUGCCAGAGAUUCUUUGGCUAUGGCAAGAGAAUACCCAGAGGCUCUGCAAUAUUCUCAAAAUCGAAAAAUCUGACUGGCAUAUAUUCAAAAAUCAAAAUUGUGUUACUCUAGAUGUCAAACGGCAUUGUGGAAUGUGCAGACAACAUUCUCUGGUCGUGGAAACCCGUGGCCAUAUCUGCCCAUUCAAGAAUUGCGGUUGUGAAAAGUGCAAGCUCGUUCGCCAACGCCGCUCUAUUAUGUCGACACAAAUUCGCCUACGUCGCGAGCAAGAUAAAAGAUUCCAGCGCACAACCAAUGUUUCCGAGGCUGAUGUCAUCCCAUUGAAUACGGUAUUUGAAACAGACAAACGUGACGAUAUCAACAUGUGCUAUUUCUGUCAAAAAUGCAAAAAUCAUGGGAUUCUAAUGUGGAAGAAGGAUCACAAGCGAAACUGUGAGUAUGCAAACUGCCGCUGUGAACAGUGUGAUCUGAUUGAUACAAGAAGAGCGCUUGAUAGACACAUCAAGAAGAGCAAAGAUAUGAAAUCAGGUAACCUGCCAGUCCUAGCCAAAUAG